AUGGCUGGUUACGACCUUUCAGGACCACCGGGUCCUCCUUAUCCUCCUCCACCACCACCAUUCGGCAAUGGACCACCUGAACUGCCAUCUCCGCCUCCACCACCGUUUGGACAUGGUCCCCCUGGUCCUCCUGGUCCUCCUGGUCCAACCUCUUCCAAUCCACAAGACGAUGAAACUCGAUUGAUCCGUGAAGCUGUCAAUCGCGAAUCGAAAUUGGAGAUCAAGAAACCGAGGGAAUUCGACGGAACGAUCCGUGAGGAAUUUAGAGGUUUUAUUAGCAACUGCAUCCGUAUGUUCGUCGCUAAGCCUCAUAUAUACAUCGCUGACCAAGAGAAAAUCCAGUUCGCAUCAUCCUACCUUGCUGGUGCAGCAUCACGAACGUUUCAGAAUUGGGUGGAGAAAGAAAUGCAUAGUGGUGUAUUUAAUCUUGCCCUACAUACUUGGACAGCUUUCAUAGCAGAAAUGAGACGCUUGUUUGGAGUAUUCGAUGAAGAACUGCAUGCCCAGUCUGCAUUAGACCAUACUAUUCAAGGACUGAAUGAGACUUUUGCUGAAUUCCUAGUACGCUUUGAAGACGCUUCACUACUCACUGGUUACAACGACAGUGCUCUCAAAUGGAGACUUGUAGCACAAAUUCAAGAAGAUCUUCGUGACCAAAUCACUUAUGUUGGAGGAAUGCCUACCAUUUAUCAAGAUGUUAUUCAGAAGCUACUUGAAAUUGAUGGUGCACGUCAAGCUUUUGAAGAUGUUGGACUCACAGAUCAACCUCCAGACACUCAUUCACUACCUUUACCAGCUUCAGAUGAGUCUGACCAAUCUCACAGUGAACAACCAUCCUCCAUAGUCAAUGAAACCCAUUCAUCUGACAAUGAGGACCCUCCCAUUCUCUCUCUUGACCAAGAUGACCAAACUCCAGAGUAG